CUAACAUAAAAGGCAAUGUUGAGUUAGUAAUCGAGCAAGUGUACCCUGAGUGCUUCUAGCAUCGACUGAUCGACAACUCAGCGCAGCUCCUCUCUCCUCACAGUUCUUAGUGAACACUCUCCAAAGAUCCCCCCUUGCCUAUCAACAAAAGCUUUCAUUAUGGCACCAAUCCGAUGGGGCAUUGCCAGCGCAGGGCUCAUCAGCUCGGACUUUGUGAAUGCCAUUGACGUAUCCCCUUACAAGGCUGAUCAUGAGGUGGUGGCCGUUGCUGCCCGGAGCCAAGCCAAGGCUGAAGAGUUUGCUAAAACAUUUGGCAUCAAAAAGGCCUAUGGCGGCUAUGAAAAAUUGGCCGAGGAUCCCGAUAUCGAUGUGGUAUACGUGGGCACCAUCAAUACGGCUCAUUUGGAGAAUUGUCUGAUGUUGAUCAAAGCUGGGAAAAAUAUCCUGUGUGAGAAGCCCUUGGGCAUGAAUGUCAAGGAGACGAAGCAAAUCCUGGAAGCGGCUCAAGCCAAGAACGUGUUCUUCAUGGAGGCCAUGUGGGCCCGUUGUAAUCCGCUCAAUCGUAAAAUGCAAGAAGAGAUCAAGAACGGCGUUUUGGGAGAAGUGAUGCAAGCCAAUGCCACCUUUGGAGCUAAAAUGGAAGUUGAUCGAGUCCUUAAGAAGGACCUGGGAGGUGGCGGAAUUUUAGACAUUGGCAUUUAUGCCAUUAAUUUCCUCCAAAUGGCUUUUGGCGAUGAAGUCCCGGAGAAAAUCAUUGCUAGUGGGAAUCUGAGUCCGGAGGGUGUUGAUCAUAGUGUCUCCGUCAUCUUCCGAUACAAAAAUGGAAAGAUGGGAUGUUUUUCGUUGAGCACACAAGUAGAAUUGGCGAACGAAGCCCAGGUUUGUGGCACAGACGGUCAAAUCAAAGUGGAAUAUCCGAUGUGGGCCCCUAACCGCAUGAACUUCAAGGGCAAAGAGUUGAAGAUAGACUUGCCCGAAUCCAAGAUCAAGUUUAACUUCCCCAAUUCAGCAGCACUGGUUUUUGAAGCUGAACAUGUUCGCGAAUGCUUGCAAAAUGGAUUGAAGCAAAGCGACUUGGUUCCACAUUCAUUGACCUUAACAAUUGCCGAGAUCAUGGAGAAUAUCCGCAAACAAGUAGGAGUUGAAUAUCCUCAGGAUAGAUGAUUUCAUAUCAUAUACCGAAUUGUAACGUAAUUUUGAUAGAUACUUCCCAAACUUGUAACUAGCCAGUUUGGUGAUCUGUGCUACUCGAAAAUACGUUGUCUGUAAUUAAGACCCCAUAAAAAUUGGAAACAUCGUUGAAGACUACUACAGUGUGACAUGAAAAUCUUGGGGCAUAUCAAAAUUGCACCGCUUCUCCUAUUUUCUAUUCAGCUAUUUCAAUCAAUAAACAGCUUGGCCUCAUAUCAAAA